AUGAGAUGGGAUCGAGAGGGAGAGGGAUGGAGUAAAAUCAGGUAUCCGUUCUUUCUUUCUACAACAGUCGGCAAAGAACAGAAGAACCGCGAGAUCUUCCCUGUUCCGAAGCUCCCGCCAUUGCAGAAUCUUCAAUAAUGCGAUCUCAAGUUUUCAUUCUCUUGCUUUCACUCCAAUUAUUCUUCUCUCUGUUAUCUCCAUCGCAUGCGAUUUCCCCUGGGUCCGGCGAUGGAUACACUAUCUAUGGUCGGGUGAAAAUUUCAAGGAACGCACUUAAAGAAUAUGGACUUCCUGGAAAAAUAUCAAACAUUAAAGUCAUACUUAAUGGUGGACAAAGAGUUACCUUCCUGAGGCCCGAUGGAUAUUUUUCAUUCUAUAAUGUGCCAGCAGGAACCCAUCUGCUUGAAGUGGCUGCAUUGGGCUAUUUCUUUUCUCCCGUUCGAGUUGAUGUGAGUGCCAGAAACCCAGGUAAGGUUCAGGCAGCCCUAACAGAGAACAGGCGGGCAUUGAGUGAGCUUGUUUUAGAGCCUUUAAGGGAUGAAGAGUAUUAUGAGACUCGGGAACCCUUCUCCAUAAUGUCUGUUGUGAAAAGUCCUAUGGGUCUGAUGGUGGGAUUCAUGCUAAUUGUUGUAUUCCUGAUGCCCAAGUUAAUGGAGAACAUAGAUCCUGAAGAAAUGAGGAGAGCACAAGAAGAAAUGAGGAACCAAGGCGUCCCAACUUUAUCAAGCUUGCUACCCGGGGCUGGCCAGAGCAGCUAAAAGGAUCGAUUUCGAUAUCAAUAUUGACAUCGACUACAUCCCCAGCUCAAACGCAUCUGACUCCUGCCGGGACUCGGGAUUUCUAACAGUUGAAGCAAAUGAGCGUAAUAUUCUAGUUUCUCUGAUGUUGCCAUUCUGAGAAAUCAUUUCAAUUAGGUAUUACUUUGAUCUGGAUUUCAUUAUUAUUCUUAACGAGUCUCUUAGCAGAGUUAUGUAAACGACCAUCAUAUUUGUUACCCAAUUGGGACUCAACAUUAUUUUGAUAGUUCAGUUUUAAUAUUUCUUCAUAUUUCACCUUA